UUCCUUCAGAGGGCGGAGCGUCUGCGCGUUUUUUGUCUAAAGCAAAUCUGCGCUGUGUAGUCGAGAGUGGUUUGUGAAAGCAUUGUCUUCCCCGAGAGUAUCGCCGCUAAAGAAAGUUUCUCGUCUGGUUCGCCACUAAAGGACUUCAGAAAAACGGGAGAUGUUUGCCACAGCCACCAGGAACUUUGUGGAGGAGGUGGAUCAUGGAGGUUUAUUGAUCCCAGUGUCCAGCCUGAAUGACAGCAUUGAUCUUCUGACAGUGGUGGUGACGCAAAAGCGGUUCUGGUUCUGGCAGAAGCCCAAGCAUCUUCGCACUGAUUUUAGCCUUAAUGAUAUACUGACAGGAGACACACCUAUAAAACCAGUUGUCAUAGAGACAGACUUCAUCAAGUAUGACGGGACAUAUGGUGACAACAUUCAGGGAACGAUGGAUGCAAGUUUCGUCCUCUCCAAUGUGACCAUAGAGGGAAAAGACUCUUCCAAACUCCAGUCAUCCUUCGGCAGUUUGAAGAAAGAGGAAGUGGAUGUGCAGAAGCUGCUGAGAGACUCUAAAGGAAGGGUCCUGGACAUGUCCCAUUCGCUGGUCCAGCAGACAAAGGAGAAACACAGACGGAUAUUUGGGAUCGUAAAGGAGCGUGUUAUGACCACUCAGCCCUGUUCGGUCAUAGAGGAGGUGCAGCAGGGCGGACAGUGUGGAGGAAGACUGAGCAUCUGCAGGCCCAAGAACCCAAAGGUUGCACUCAAGGAGAAUGGGAGCCUGAGCAAAGACACUGAUGUUACCAUGGAGAUCCCCACUCAUACUACCCUUGCCUAUGCCCUCAUAGAGCUAGAGGUCAAGCACGAUGGACACUAUGAGCUGUGUCUGAUGUCAGACACCACUGGGGGCUUUGAAGUAGACGGCCCUGGAAUGAAGCCACUGUUGGGUGUGUCCGGAGCUUCAGAAAAUAGCUGCAUUAGACAAGAACUGGAGCAACUGAGUGAUCAUUUCCAGCUGCUUUCAGCUCUUCCUGCCUCCACAAGGUCCUCCCUGCUACAGCAAAUCACAAAAGUAAUGGAGGACCAAACGGCUGUCUCUGCACUUCAGAAUUUGCUGGACCAGAUGUGCCUGGAUAAGAGUCCUACCCUUGGCGAUGUUGUGAUGACAGAGUCUCAAAAACAGAACAUCCAGGCCAUCUUGGGUCUUUUGGAGCAGAAGGUGGAUUCAGCUCAGACCAAGCAGUCCACAUCUGUCCUCAGCGCUCUUCACCUCAUUACCAGUGCCUUGGAUGAAAUGACAUAUGAUUGCCUUGCCGUCUUGGCAAUGUGCUGCAGUCCUACAGUGUUAAAGGCUCUGGAGCUACUGGUGCAGUGUCUAGCUGGAAGCGGAGAGCUGCCGGUGAGCAGCGCGGGUCUGGCUGCACUGACAGAGGACGUCUACGUAAAGGCCGAACAUCUUUUCGCCUCCUCGAAUGUGUCCCUUAAGAGAGACAGGGACACAGUGAAGACAAAAAUAAACCACCAGCCAGGACACCUUCCUCUGGUGGUGUGCAUCGCUGUCAGAGGCCUCGCCUCAUUGGCCCACUGAAGACACCUUUAUAUCCACCAGAAACUUGAAAUACCACACUGGGAUGAGCUAAAUGGGAUCACACAGUUGAAGUGUUAUUUAUCAGUGUUUUUACUCUUAUUUGAUGCGGUUGACCAAACUCUUAAACACUACUGCAUGUUGGUGGGGGGUAAUCAUAUAAAUGCACUAGUCAAUUAAUGCUUUAGUCAUGCAACUGACAACAUCAUCAAUAAUUUGAACAAUCAAUUUAUAGCUCAAGGUCUGUUUGUACUGUUGGUUGAACAAAACAAUCAUUUUGAAGAUAUCAGCUUUUUUAUUAUUGACCUAGAGACUAUUUGAUAAUAAAACGUAUUAUUUGCUACAGCCCUGAAAUAUAGUUUUAUGGUCACACUGAAUUCAGAUUAAUGUGCACAAUCUUUAACUUUUUAAAUAGAAUGUAUUAUGUAUGUAGCUUGGCUCCUGUUGGUGGCAUCAAUAAACACACUAAUUUGAAUAUUAUAUUAAAAUAUUUGUGUCCGGAUGAAAAUAAAUGAAAAAGAUUCCAUGCCUGCCAACAAGUUACGAACUUACCAUCUUGAAUAAUUGUAUUACAGACUUUAAUUUAUUGUAUGUGCGCUCCCUUAAAGAAGCCUUUGAAAACAAACACUAAUCAUUUCUUUUAUUUAGGCUUGCAGCUCUAGAGGCUCAUUUACUCCUUGCUUUACAUUCUUCAUCUGUAACAGCUGUUCAGCUCACUGCCUGUUAGCUACUGUUAUAUCUUAUGUGGAACACUCACACACAAACCAUAGCAAUAACCUCAUUUGUAAACUUGUUUUUUAUGUUCCAACUACAGACCUCAUUCUGAACAACUUGAACUAACAGGUUUUUAUAUUCAAACUUUUCAUGCAACUGUUAUGAAUGUGUCUUUAAUUGUGGAGCAUUAUUUCAAUUAUAUUAUAAACCUGUCUGAUUUAAA